AGGAGCGAGGAGUUGAGUCAGAACUCUCUCCCAGAUCCCAUUGUCGCAACUCUGUUUCCCUGUUGGGUCAUGAACCGCGGUUUUAACAACGAGGGUGCGACAAUACAAAGAGCGUCAAACUAUCGAUUAAAGCCGGAAACAAUUUGAAGGAGCCCAGCAGGAAAUCACCAAAGAAGAAGUGGUAAAGCACCUAUUGUGUAGUGUACAGAUAUUCUCGAAAAACAUGUCCUCCACAUUGAAGUUCGGCAACGUCAAGCUAACCAAAUGGCAAUUGGCCUUGCUGGUGGGCACACCUUUGGCCAUUGGCAUGGGCAUUUAUGUUUACCAUAAGGUGAACACACCCCCCGCAUCAGCAGGAGAUGAAAAGCGAAAGAAACAACAGAAGGCAUUGGAAUCUAAGAAACAGCAGUCACUAUCCAUUGAUGGUACCUCGGAAGACAAGGAAUUGGAAAGAAAAAAGAAAUCUGCGGAAUUGGAAAAUGAAAAGUUAUCGCCUCUGAAGGAGGCAACCACAUUUAAAAAUGAAGGCAACACCUGUUACCGCAAUGGUAAAUACGACGAAGCCAUCAGCUUCUAUGACAAAGCAAUUGAUAAGUGUCCCAAACAGAAUAAAACUGAUUUGGCCAUUUUCUAUCAAAAUCGUGCGGCCGCCUACGAGAUGUUGCGCAAAUGGCAACGUGUUAAAGAAGAUUGUACCAAAUCUCUGGAGAAUAAUCCACGUUAUGCCAAAGCAUAUUUCCGACGAGCCAAAGCCUAUGAGGCCACCAAUGAAAUGUCUGAAUGUUUGGAUGAUGUUACCGCUACAUGUAUUUUGGAAAUGUUUCAAAAUAACAAUACCAUACUCUACGCAGAUCGUGUACUAAAACGAACGGGAAAUGAAGAUGCCGAAAAAAUAAUCAAGGACAAGAAACCCAUAUUGCCCUCUAAGAGCUUUAUAAACACCUAUAUGCGUUCAUUUGUGUCGGAUCCGAUUAUAACAAUGAGAUUGCCCGAGCCCUCAGAGAAAUUGCAUGGCUUUGCACGUGCCAAGCAGGCCUUGGACGAAGAAGACUAUGAGAAUAUAAUUGCGGCAUGUACUGAAGAAUUGGAAUCGUCCGAAUCGGAGUCACAGUAUAAGGUUGAAGCUUUGUUAUUGCGAGGUACCUUCCAUUUGAUAGCGGGCUCGUUUGAGGAAGCCAAACACGAUUUGGAUGCUGUGAUAAACAAUGUUGACGCUGAUAAGAAGCUUCGCACCUAUGCCUUGAUCAGACGUGCCUCCCUCUACAUACAACAGGAGAAGAAGAACGAUGGCCUUGAAGACUUUGCCAAAGCUCAAGAAUUACAAAAGGAUUGUGCAGAUUUAUAUCAUCAGCGUGCUCAAAUUUAUAUAUUACUCGACCAACUGAAUGAGGCAUUGGAUGAUUUUGAAAAAGCCGUUAAAUUGGGACCCAAUAACGCAAUGGCCUAUGUACAAAAAUGUUAUGCUGAAUAUCGUCUUGCUUUAAUGUCACAGGAUCAAAUGCGUUUGCUGAUGGUUAUGAAUGAAUUCAAAAAUGCUGUGGAAAAAUUCCCCGAUUGUGUUGAGUGCUACAGUCUAAUGGCCCAAGUCUUGAGUGAUCAACAACAAUUCCCACAAGCCGAACAGUUCUAUGAAAAAGCCAUCAAAUUGGCACCCGACAAUGCUUCAUUGUUGGUUCAUCGUGGUAUCAUGUGUCUGCAGUGGAAGGGUGAUAUUGCCACAGCUGUUGGUCUAAUGGAGAAAGCCAUUGAAAUCGAUGACAAAUGUGGUUUGGCCUAUGAGUCCUUGGGUACAGUAGAAGUACAACGUGCCAAUUUAGACAGAGCUGUAGAGCUUUUUGAGAAGGCAAUUAGAUUGGCCAAGAGUCAAGCGGAGAUGUGUCAUCUUUGUGCGUUGCGUAAUGCAGCAGUGGCACAAAUUAAUGUUACUUCAAAAUUGGGCAUACCCAUGUCCUCAAUAUCGGCAUUAGCAGAGGCGAAUAUAAUGGGCACACCUAUGGCUGCAGUGAACUAAAUUUAAACUAUUGUUCAUUAAUUUCGUAAAAUGUUUCGUUCGACAUAAGGCAUUGUUUCAACUCAUAACGCAAAUUUAGAAUGCCAUCAACAAACAUCCACACUAUAGACAGCCAUAUUUUUCUAUGAAAAAAAAAAACAAAUAGUGGUCCAGCGUAAAAAAGCGAAAUUGACAAAGCUUAUUGUUUUUUUUUAAGUUCCUUAAACUGCUGGGAUGAGAACCUGAGCAUACCUCUUCCAGGAUAUUUAACAGAUUUCAUAUAUUUUAGCUUUGUUGCCUACUCGAAUGAAGAACGCUCCCAUAAGAACACAGCGUAGAGUAUUAAGAAUCGUUUUUUUCAUGGCUGUACACCUCACAAAUGCAUUAAGCCACUUUUAGAGUUUAGUUGAGUUCACGUAACCACCUAAUUGAAUGCUGUGCAAAUACUUCAUCCAAAAAUGUUGUCCUCUUGUUAACUAUUUUUUCAUUAUGAUUUUGUUAUGACAUUUUGUUUUAAUUUCCUCCCCCCCACCUUGUACCAUAGUAUUUUUAUAGUUUCUUAUAUUUAGCAGACUUAUUUCUGACGCGCCUUCUUUUUUGUUUGAAAAGCAUUGUUUUUUCAAUUGUUAUAAUUUGGUUACAAAAAAAAAUCAGUACAUUUUUAGACAUUUGAUUUUUAAAAAUUAUGACUGGUAUACUGAAAAUCCUAUUUUGUUUUCUAAUUGUACAGAAAACAAUCACAAAAAUAAUCACAAGACA